AUUUUGCUUUAAUUUAGUGAUAUCAAAUAAUAAUAAUAAAAGUUUAAAUCAAUUUAAACAAUUAAAUGAUAAUCAAGAUGAAAUAAAUAAAUGUGAUGAUGAUAAUAAAAGAAUUUAUUCAUUUAACCCUUUCCGGCCGGAUGUUUCCAUAUGGAAACAUUUUCCCCUAUAGGGGUACGGCAUUUUUCAAAUAGCCGGCCGGAAAGGGUUAAAACUAAUAAACUAACUUCAACAAGUAGAUAGACAUUUGUUUCAGUCAUUCGUCUUUUUUUGUUAAAAUAGAAAUCUUUUUUUUAAAAGAAGAUUCAAUUGAUGCAUAUUUAUCAAAAUGUGAAUUAGGUAAAUCAUCAAAAUAUUCUCAUAUAAAAUUAUCACCAAUAAAUAAAGAUUGUGAACUUGGAAGAUUAGAUUUUGAAAUUGUUUGGAAACAAUCUGAAUAUAAUUUAAUAAUAAGAUUAUUUCGAUUAGACAAACUUCGAUCAAAUAAUCAAAAUCAAUAUUCUCAUAUUUAUCUUAAAUUAGAUCUUCUACCAGCUAUUCACAAAUCAACUGAAUUAAAAAGUGGUAUGAUUGAUAAAAGAAUAAAUGGUGAUAUCAAUGAAACACUUGUUUAUGAUGGUGUAUCAUUAGAUGAUAUCAAUUAUAAAUCAGUUAAAUUCUUGGUCUAUGAUAAAGAUUCAUCUGUUAAUCACUUUCUUGGUGAAUAUCGUUUUAAAUUAUCAACAAUUCAAUCUGAUCAAUAUCAGAUUUAUUCGGUUUAUUUACAAAAUAAAACUGAUUGUGAAAAUGAUGAAGAUAUAAAUGAACGUGGAAAAAUUUUAAUUAGUCUUAUGUAUUCAAAUGAAACAUCAAAUUUUCAUGUUAAAAUAAAACGAGCUUGUUAUUUAUUACCAAUUGAUACUGAUCGUAAAUCAAAUCCUUAUUGUCAAUUAUGCUUAUUUUCAUUUGAUCAUUUAUCGAACAAAUUGAAUUUUAAAACGGAUAUUAAAAAACAAACUUUGAAUCCACAAUUUAAUCAAGAAUUUAUUUAUAAAAAUAUUCAAUUAAAAAAGUUAAUUAAAAAAACAUUACAAAUAACUGUUUAUGAUAAAGAUUUUGGAAAAAAAGACAAUUUUAUUGGUAACUAG